CUGGUAGCCGGAAGCUGAUCUGGUAGCCAGUGCGUCCAGGUUGGUCCUGGCUGGGCUGUCCUUCAGGAAGGUGGUCAGCGCGCUGCUGGAAUGGAGGGGGCCUUGGCAGAACGCGUCGGGGCGGAGCCUUUCCACAGGGUCACGCCCCUGCUGGAGAGCUGGGCGCUGUCUCAGGUGGCAGGCAUGCCGGUCUUCCUCAAAUAUGAGAAUGUGCAGAUAGCUGGCUCCUUUAAGAUUCGGGGCAUCGGACAUUUCUGCCAGCAGAUGGCCAAGAGGGGAUGCAGACAUCUGGUGUGCUCCUCAGGCUGACAGGAUUCUGGAUUCUCCUGUCUCCAUCUCCUGAGCGCUGGGGUUACAGAUCUGCAUCACCAGGCCCAACUAAGGAUUAGCCUCAUCAGAUCAAAGUCUCAGAGAGCCAUACCAUUUGCUCUUAAGUCCCUUCCCCAUAAUCUGAGACUUGCAGUGGUCACGAACGGCAGAGACCCACCUCACAGAGGUUUAGACCAGAGGCUCCAAGUUCUGAACACUCUUUGGAUAAAUGGCUUUCAGGCCCGGCUGAAUCCAGCCCGUCUCUUCUGCACUGUUGCUGUUGCUCUUGCUCUUGCUUCUCCUUUCCCCUCUCCUCUCGUCCUGGUCCCACAGUAGCCUGGGCGACAUUCUCAUGUCCGUAGCAGUCACCGAGGUUGCGUUCUCUGAUUGGCUUGACAUAAAUCAGCAAGGGGGCAAUGCGGGCAUUGCGGCUGCAUACUCGGCUCGUAAGCUGGGCAUCCCCGUCACCAUCGUGCUCCCAGAGGGCACCUCCGUGCAGGUGGUGAGGCGGCUCGAGGGGGAAGGGGCCGAGGUCCAGCUGACUGGGAAAGUCUGGGAUGAAGCCAAUGUAAAAGCACAAGAACUGGCCACAAGGGAUGGCUGGGUGAACGUCUCCCCGUUUGACCAUCCCCUUAUAUGGGAAGGCCAUGCCAGCCUAGUGCGGGAGCUGAAGGAGUCACUAGGGACCCCUCCAGGUGCUGUGGUGCUGGCCGUGGGGGGCGGAGGGCUCCUGGCAGGUGUGACUGCUGGCCUGCUGGAGGUGGGCUGGCAGCAUGUGCCCAUCGUUGCCAUGGAGACCCGCGGGGCGCACAGUUUCAAUUCGGCCUUGCAGGCAGGCAGGCCGGUCACCCUGCCAGACAUCACCAGUGUAGCCAAGAGCCUCGGAGCCAAGACGGUGGCUGCACGGACCUUGGAGUGUGCAAAGGAGUGUGAGGUCCUCUCUGAGGUGGUAGAAGACCGGGAGGCUGUCAGCGCUGUGCAGAGGUUCCUGGACGAUGAGCGCAUGCUGGUGGAACCUGCCUGCGGUGCCGCCCUGGCCGCCAUCUACUCGGGCAUCCUGUGGAGGCUCCAGGCUGAGGGCCGCCUGAGUUCUGCCCUAGCUUCCGUUGUGGUCAUCGUGUGCGGUGGCAACAACAUUAGUAGCCAACAGCUUCAGGAGCUGAAAAUCCAGCUGGGCUGCAGCUGAAGAAUCUCAGGAACUCCCCCAGAGGUUCCUGGACACCUUGGUGGGUCACUCAAGGGACCUCGGUUCCAGUGGUCCUGCCCUCUUCCUUCCAGGUAGCCCUCCUGGGUUGCUCUCAGUGGCUCCCUGCUGUCCAGUGAAUAAACCUGACUGAGCUGAGCGUGUGGC